UUUCAACUAUGAAUUUCAACAGUUUCGAACUUUUUGUUACUCACAGUUCAGUGUUAAUGUCAAUGUGCUCCUCGUGGCACCUUUUGUUUGCUUUUAAUUCUUUGCUUUUAUCAUCCGUACAUUGUGUUAUUGUGUCGAUGUGUGAUGUAACAACACAGGGAGUCUAAUUUGGACAACAUAUGGCGUUCUUGUUUGUACUGAGUUACUCGACAUGAACAACAACAGCAGAGAAGUUAGCCUUUUUGUAAUGUACACUGUUUUUAAUAACAUCUCCUCAACCGCGCACAAUGGUGAUAAUAAGUAAACAGCCAAAGUGAGUUAGUUUGGAUAGUAUGAGGAAAUCAAAGAUGUUACUGCCGUGAUGUUAGACACAACGCCGUGUUAAAGUAUUGAGCCAUUGCUCUUUUUUUUCUUUUUUCUUUUUUUUUUUUGCCAGAUUUUGCUUUAGAGCAUUAUAGAUAGAUGUUUUCUGAAUAGCUUUCAAAGCAUUUUCAUCAGGUUUUCACAGUUGUUUUUUUCUUUUUUAACUUAUUUUUCAUCUAUGUAUUUUAAAGACUACAAGCCUGGUUCCUCGAUUUAAUACCAAGACUGCCCAAUAAGUAGAAUUUAUGAACCAAUCCCUUUUGUACACCUGCCUAAAGCUGACACGCUCGGGACGGAGCUGGCGUCUAGGUCAGCACGAACUAAUUUUGUAUCAGUACCUAUUAGAUACAUAAUAGCAAAUUAAUAAAUGUAAGAUUUUGGAUUAAAAUAGGAAGUAAUUACAUAUUACAAUAAUAUGAUGAUAAUUGAACUUUUUUAACUUAAUUUUUUGACAUUCCCUCAUAUCUCUUCAGUAAUUUGCAGGAAAUUAGAGAUUUUGUCUAAAUGGCAGCACAGCGUAAAUAUUAUCGCUGUACGCAAUAAAAAAAUGUUACCAAAGUGUCUAAUUAUUGCAGGUUAUUAUAGUGAAAUUGCCACAAACUGUCUUAACACAGCUGAUAUCUCUGUGGAUGCGUUCAGGACGCUUAUCAAAGAUGCUAAAUGAAGCACUUUGCUGCCAUCUUGUGGUCAGAGUUUGAACAAUACCAGUUUAUGUUUUUAACAGUCUUAAGUUGUAUUUUAAAGGGGGGGUUAUUAUGUAAAAUCGACUUUUUUGAGCAUUACUUCCUGAUACAGUGUUAUUCCCUCAUCAUAAACAGACUUGGAGUGUUGCUUUGACUCUUCUAUGAAUGUUUGAGAAAUCCUUAAUUCUCCCACGACAGCCAUUCAGGGCGCCUAAACAAUCUGCCUCGGAGCUGUAGUCUCCAAGAGGAGCUUCUGCCUCACAGAUCAGCUCCCUGCUCCUACAGACUAGCACCAGCAGCAAUUAACCAACAACUGGCAGUACUGCACACUUGCUGAGCUUAAUAUAUGAACUACUUCUCAGUGCAAGCGCUCUUAAGAAUGUCGUUAAAAACUAGAUGAAAAACGUGAUGACGUGCUGAAGGCGGUGUGAAAAAGAGCAGGAGCUUCUUAAAGAGACAGAGGCCCAAAAUCAAAUUCCUUUUAAGUUGUGUUUGAGAUAUACAGCAUGUGUCUAUGACAACUUAGGAAAACGUAGUUACUUGAUUGUGCUAUAAAAUGGUAGUGUGACUCGAAAAUACGUAAUAAUGUCCCUUUAAUUAUAGACGAUGGGCCAGAAGUUAUUGCACAAAUCAUUAGCUGUAGUUGAGUUUUAAAGCUCUCUUUAGCAUUAGCAGCAUAAAUAAAAUAGUGUACGUGUUCAUGAAACUUGUAUACUCAGUUGUGCCUGUUGUCUCUAAUUUGCAGCAAACACUUUUAUCUGUUAAAUGAACUAUGUUCAAAUUAAUAAUCUGAGCUUGUUUUACAAUCUGCUUGACAACAACAAUGCACUCAAUUUAGAUUUUGCAUUAUUUCAAAUAAAAGGAAACAUGUCCAUAUGUUACAGUGCACUAAAACAAAGUGUCACUAUGUUUCUCCAAAUACCCGUAACACCUUAUUGGAUUACCUGCCCAAGGACCAGUGUUGCAAGACAAUGAAAUCUACUCAAUCUAAGGCAGCGUAGACUGCAAGUGGUUAAAGGAACUAAGUGGAGAGCUGGUUACGAUUAUUAAGAAACAAAGAUUACAAGGAUGUGUCUCAGCUUUUUUGACAACCUGGAACCUACUCUACCACCAACACCAUAGCCACCGCAUAGGAGAGAAAGUGUUUGCGUACCAUACCCAUGCUGACGUCCUGACUUCAAACCACUCGCUGGGACUGACAAGAUAUGAGUUUCUCCUCUCAGUUUAAGACAUGUCAGAGCCAGAUUUAAUUUUAAAAUCCACAUUUUAAAACUUUGCAAUUGUACAAAAGGUGCCCAGAGUUUGCAUACGUUACCACAAAUCAUGCAUGCACUUUUCCUGUGUGAAAACUCCACCCGUUUGCAUGUGCUUUCUUCUUGCACACAAACAACCCUGGUAGAUGGAACCUGAAUCUCAUUUUCACACCUUAGCUUCAAAAAAAAAAAAUGCAUUGCGUGCAUCACAUCAGAGAAGCUGUCUGUUUUUUUUCCUCCCCCCUUCCCCCCGCUUUGUGGUUUCUAGUAUGUCAUGUUUCUUUUUUUUUCUGCCUUUUCAUUCUGAUUUUACAAAAGUAACAAGAUGUUCAUGAAAAGAUUUGCUUGUCAUCGCUAUAUUUCCUGAUGUUUUCUUGUAGAAAAAUGAAUAUGACUACCAGGGACUAAAAAAACCCCCAACUCUCAUGUUGAUUUCUGACACACAGGUAAUUCCAUCCCAUCAUGACGGGGAAUUCCAGCAAGUUGCACCUCGACAACGCCACCCUGUCACUGUUUCGGGAUGUGAACACAAGCACUGUCGUAUCUGUUAUAUACAUGCUUGUCACUGUCAUCAACUGGGUGGGAAAUGGCAUGUCAAUGUGGCUCCUGCUGUUUCGUACCUCCCCAAAAACGCCCUCCAUCAUAUUCAUGAUUAAUCUAACGCUCACCGACUUGGCUCUUGGCUCCGCCCUCCCCUUUCAGAUCGACUACCAGCUCCAAGGAUACAACUGGAGAUUGGGGUCCAAUAUGUGCAGCUUCAUGACCCUGGUUUUCUACGGCAACAUGUAUUGUUCUAUCCUGACGAUGAUGGCCAUCGGCAUCGACCGCUACCUGGGCAUCGUGAGGCCCAUGAGGUUCCGGAAGAACAAGAAGAGAAAGUCUGUUGCUGUCAUCAGCUGCCUUCUGAUGUGGGGUUUGGUCCUGGCUGUCUUGUACCCUCUCAUGACCACCGACCUGACCUUCAAGGUCCCGGAGCUCCAGAUCACCACAUGCUUUGACGUGCUGAAACUAAACAUGCUGCCGUCUGUGGGGGCCUGGGCGGCUUUCCUGUUCAGCAUGGUGUUUCUUCUCUUCCUUUUUCCUUUCUGUGUCACAAUGUUCUGCUACGUUAGUGUCAUACACAAGCUGUCCAGUGACUCCAAGACUGUCCAGAAAGGGAGAGCCACACGUCUGGCUGUUGUCGUUCUGCUGGUCUUUGUGCUCUGCUUUGCUCCCAACAACAUCCUCCUAUUGGCUCACAGUGUCCUUAGACUCUUCUACGGCAAGUCUUUGUACAUGGCCUACAAGCUUUCUCUCUGUUUUAGCUGUCUGAAUAGCUGUUUGGAUCCUUUCAUAUAUUACUUUGCGUCAAAAGAUUUCAGGGAGAAGCUGAGAGAGAUAAUGAAUCUGCAGAGCCUGAGUAGUGCAGACUCUAUAAGGAUGGAGAACAAAGAGAUGUUGUACUCUGGAUAAGCAGAUUUAUACGGUGAAGAAACAUAUUCAGGUGCCUUUGCGAUGCCGUAACUACCCUAAAAAUGCAAAAACUAAAGAAAGACUUGCGAAAGAAAGCAAGUGACUAAAGGAAAGGAAGGGUUUGGGGAUCUUGCAACAUAUGUUCUUGGUUCGUAUUGCAAAAUCUUCUUACAUCUAUCUCUUCCUUUAACAAUAGCUUUAAAAGGUUUAAGCUGUUGGACAGUGACUAAAAUGUUAUUGGUCCAAUCAUAGUUUGUGUGUUUUCUCCAAUUUAUAUGUAAUCAAGUGGUUGGGAAAUCGCGGAGUGCCACAAGUAUUUAUGUUGGGCUCGGAGUCAUUUAGCUUAUUCACCAAUCAUCAGAUCUUCCGUAGGUGUUAGAAAUCGUAACCCGAUAUCUGCAGACGUUGUCAUACACAAAGAACAACAACGAUGAAUGAGUGACUGUUAGGAUUGUUGCACAAAAAGGGCAGUUUCUCAGCUUACAGUGACAGAAUGUAUUUGACAAAAAUUUUAUGAAAGACCUAUCCAAAUAUUGGUAUAAUACUUGUAUAAAUUGGGCUGAACAAGUAUGGAUGUCAAAAAGUGUUUUACGAAGUUGUAUGAUAGUACAAUGAAAUAUAAUGUAACAAGCAUAAAGGUCAGAAAUGAGUCAUCUGUGUCCAUUGAUCCUCGCCCUGCUUACUGUAACCAAGCAACUUCAAACCCCAUAACAUCACUGUGUGAUCAAGCCUUCAUAAAACUAAUUAUUUUCACUGUUUUAUGAUUGUACUUUUUUAAAAACACACUCUGUACUCAGACGGUUGGCUUGUUUUUAAAUUUGUUCAAAAAUAUAAUGGAGUCAUUACUGGAGGUUUUUGAACAACGUUCAGACAGUGAGAUCCUCAACGUUUGCUGAGAGUGUAGGAUCUUGUUAUUGAAUACAUACUAACUAAAAUAAGAUUUUGAACAUUUUACAUUACAUGAACCGACAGAAUUUGCUGCUGUUUAAAUGAAAGGGUGAUAAACAUCAACCGACAGCAUGUGCUGAUAUUUAACAUCUCUUCAUGGCUGUUAUUUUUGUAAAAAAAAAUAUGUAGCAUCCAGAACUGUGAACUGUUGUAAAAAAAAUGUACAUAUUAUGUUAGCCUAACAUCCCCAAAUAAGUUUUAUCUUAAUGUUGUUGUUUUUUAUCUGUUUAUAAAAAUGUCAGUGUUCUGUGGUGUAUAAAUGUGUGAAAUUG